AUGUGUGUGGCCAACUUUACCAAGGACCCAUUGCUACCACCACUUGCCGGGGCAGUCGAAUCACGGGUUGACCUCCCCGCCGUCAUUCGCCUCAAUCCCCAUAGCCCAGUCUACGGUUGCGACGCCACCGCGUCGCGGUUCUCAAGAAAUCCCUUUGGUCUUCAAGGCGACAACAGCUCAUCUAACAAUACUCCUGAGCCCAAACCGUCUACAUCCAAGUUAAAUGUGAAUCGCGACAAGAAGUCCACUGCUGAUCAACCCCCCCAACCAGAACCAAGCAAACCUAAUGUCACUGUAAUCGCCGACCACAACCCUUCUCCCAAGGCAACCGUUGAUCGAUUCGCAGGGGGUGCAAAAAAUUCUAAAAAGGGAAAGGCCGUCAAACCCGCGACUCCAGAGGAUUCGGACAACGGAGAUAAUGACAAAUCUGAUGACGAAGUAAAUGAUGAAGACGAGGAGAACUGCGAAGAGGAGGAACGAACCGAAAUUGCUAAGCCUAAACGUGGUUGUCCUUGCAAGGACAUCUUGAAAGAGGCCGCGAAGCAAAUGAAGAAGUAUUAA